AUGUUCUAUCUGCUAAUCAUUUCUGUGGGAAAGGACGGUAUCUUCCCAGUCGAGGUGAAUGAGGUAUAAACACAACUUGAAAGUUUCAGUUUUCGUUUGAAGUUUCCUGUUACAAGAUGCAUGUGCAGCCUACCAUUAUCACUUCAGCAAUUUUCGCAAAACUCAAAAUCAUCCCUGACUUUCCAAAAUUUAAUUAUGUUUCUCACUCUAAGACGGCUAAUCAUUAUUUGAAUUUUGCGCGCAAUCUUUGCGGAAUCCGUUUGAACACCUGAAGGUUUUUUUUCGUGAAUAGUACGUGAACACAAGGCAACCGCUCGCAUUUGAUUUUACGCCAUUCACUUUCCUUCGUAAUGUUUUUUCUACGUUUUCCGUUUGUAGUUUUUAGUUUAUUUCAAAGUUGUUCAUAUUUGUACACUCCUAAGUUUGUUUUAAAAAUUUUCGAAUACUUUUGUUGAUUAUCAAUUUUUUUUAGCGCAACAGGUUGUGUUUCUGUCUACAGUCCAGAGGGUCCCAAGUUCGAUUGCGGCGCGCCGUCGCGACCCAACUAAGCAGUUCAAGAAAUGUUGGUGGCGGGAAACCAGCUUCCGAAAUCCCCAAUUAAGUCAGACCGAAACAAGGACUAUAGGAAAGUACUUCUAUUGGAGUUUAAAUUUCAGUAAUGGAACACGUCUCGUUGUACAACUGUCCAGAAACAAUAAUUUUUCCCUUUUUGGAUCAUUAUAACUUUUGUUUAAUAAUCAUCGGCUCUGCGUCUGUUUCCUAAGCCCGGUCCGGCCUUAGCGGGGCCUCGAGCAAAAAUAGCCGGCUUGGCCCAAAAAGCUCAAACUCCAAACUUUCCUCAAGUCGAUUAUCAACUUUUUUAAGGCAAAAGUCACAUUAAUGCUCAUUUCAACAAAAACUUAAUUCACAAAGUUCAGCAAAAACUAUGAUUUUUAAAAAGUAAAAAAAUAAUUUUUUUCGGUAAAAAUUUUUUCAAUGAAAUUAAAAUUUUUUGCUAGAGCCUGGCCUUGCCCAAGCCCAUGAAGGCUUUUUCUCAAAAAUGAGGCUCCAAGCCCGGCCUGGCGUACAAGCCUGGUUGGAAGGCCUUGGAGGAGUGCGCUUUCGCUCCAUCGACAAAAAAAGAACAAGGUCCCCUGGAGAGUUCACUUGAAAGAGCGAGCAAGAUUUACACACAUGGGAACCUCUAUCAAAUAUUUAUAAUAAUAAUCAAAUUAACGAAUGAUUAUCAUUUUGAUGUUAUUCUUGCAUUUGUCUUUCGAUAUUAUUGCAUUUUGAUUAUUAUGCCAAUUAUUAUGCCUUUCUACGUUAAAUAUAAAGGAAUAGUAUAACGAACUUUUUCUUACUAAAUUCUUGUUUAUAGUUUCGUGUAUGCGUCUUCUUUUUUUCUUACAUAUUUUGUAUUUUAUUUAUUUUGUUAAGAUUUAAAAAUGGUGUUGGCGGAUCUUGGUCGAAAGAUUCGCAAUGCCAUUGGAAAACUCGGCCAAACUACCAUUAUAAAUGAAGAGGAGCUUGACCUCAUGCUCAAAGAGGUUUUCGAUCAAUUGUAUUCAUUUUCUACUGAUGGCAAACCAUUUUUUAGGUUUGCACAGCCCUCAUUGAGUCAGACGUGCACAUUCGACUUGUGAAACAAUUGAAGGAUAAUGUGAAGUGAGUUUCGAACUGUUUUUUCGAGUGAAAAUUUGAAUAGGAAAGCGAUGAACUUCGAUGAAAUGGUGGGCGGUGUCAACAAGAGAAGACUUAUUCAAAAGACAGUUUUCAACGAACUGUUGAAAUUAGUUCGUUUAUUUUUUUUUUUUAAUUCUCACAUGUCAAAAAGUCGAGAAAAAAAUUUCAAAAUAGGCGAAUCUGAUCUCAGGUUGAUCCUGGAGUGACGGCUUUCCAACCUACGAAAGGUAAACGGAACGUGUUCAUGUUCGUCGGUCUCCAGGGUUCUGGUAAAACUACGACAUGUACCAAGGUUCUCUUUUGGGAAGUUUGAUGUCUAUAGUGUAUUUUGAGAUGGCAUAUUACUACCAACGGAAGGGAUGGAAGACGUGUUUGAUCUGUGCGGAUACCUUCCGCGCUGGAGCCUUCGAUCAACUGAAACAGAACGCUACAAAAGCACGCAUUCCCUUUUAUGGCAAGUUUUUGCUGCUCGUCUUCUGUUUCUCAAUCAUGCAAUUUUAACAUAACAUGUUUCCCGGGGUCCCUAUCAAUUGGUUUUUUUCAGGUUCUUAUUCUGAAAUAGACCCCGUAAAAAUAGCCGCAGAAGGAGUCGAAAAGUUCACGGUUUGUAGCAAUAACUCGUUUUCUUUCAACUUUUUUCGCUUUCAGGAAGAGGGCUUUGAAAUCAUUAUCGUGGAUACUUCUGGUCGACACAAACAAGAAGCUUCGCUUUUCGAAGAAAUGCUCCAAGUUUCAAACGCUGUGGUAAGUUGAUUUUUUUUUAUUAAGAUAUUUCGUGCACACUUCUCAGUCUUUUUCAGUUCUCUAGGUUAAAUUUCCAAUUAAUUCAGUCUUUAAAAUAUUAGAAUAAAAAAUUUUUCCUCUCGUUUCAAGCCUUUUUGCGCCCAAGAUACUGGCUUGUAUUAGGAUUUAUUAUUCUUCCUUAUCAAAUUCAUGAAGCAAUUUUUAUCUCUCUGCUGAACAUAAUGAGGUUUUUUUGCGCCUCUGAAUUGUAGAAAGCUUGAGACUUUAGAUUUUCGAGGACUAUUAUUGGACGGUUUAGUUGUCUAUUUUUGGCUAGCAACAACUCAACCGGGACUUUUCCUAGCUACUAUGAGUUGCAGCAACCAGACAACGUGGUGUUCGUGAUGGACGCCUCUAUCGGCCAGGCCUGCGAGGGCCAGGCGCGUGCCUUUUCUCAGACUGUCGACGUCGCCUCCGUCAUCAUCACCAAGCUCGACUCCCACGCCAAGGGCGGUGGCGCUCUUUCCGCGUCAGUCUAUCAAUUUAUUCUUGAAUGCAUACAAAGGAAAAGAAACGCUCUAUAUUUUUCACAAGAAAAACUAGAGUUCUCGACAAAAAAACUUUUUUGCUGCCUAUCUGCUCCUUUUUUGAGCCUCUCCCGUUUAGCGGACAUUUACCAUCCCGCCUUCACCCGAGUAUCCCAAAAAAGGAAAAAAUGAAAGAUUUUUUGCUUGGAUUUGUUUUUUAGAGAACCGUGAUCCAAAAAAAGGUAACUAGAAACUAAAUUAUAGAUGAAACUUGCCAAUUGUUGUCGAUAGGAAGUUGACUUCCGAUUUUCAGCGUCGCUGUCACGAAAUCGCCCGUCAUAUUCAUCGGUACCGGUGAACACAUCGACAACUUCGAAGUGUUCAAGCCUAAAUCUUUCGUCCAGAAAUUGCUUGGAAUGGGCGAUAUCGCCGGCCUGGUCGACAUGGUCAACGACAUCGGAAUUGCAGACAACAAAGAGCUCGCCAGCAGGCUAAAGCAAGGUUUUUUUUUUCACAUUUUCGUCAGAAUUUUUCCCUACUUCUCUAAUUUUUACAAAUCAUCUCUCUUUGUUUUUCAUUUUUCUUAUUAGAAUCUCUUUUUUGUUAGAUUUUUUUCUGGAAAUUUAGCGCGAGAAGGUAUUCAUGAUAAUCCCUGUUAAACGCGAAUGUGUUUUCGGCAUCAGCGGUUAGAAUAAAAACUUGUUUAUCAAUGAAAAAUAGAAAUUUAUAUGAGUUUGGGAGUCAUAGGACUCUUGAUGCUGUAAGUUGUUUUUUAUUUGAACGUUCAAAUUAUUAAUAUUUUUUUUUUGUUUAACUAAAUUCUUUUUCAGUAGAGUCUUUUUUUUUCUCGCCCAAAAGAAAGAAUUUCAGGACAAUUCACAAUGCGCGAUAUGUACGAACAGUUCCAGAACAUAAUGAAGCUGGGUCCGUUCAGUCAAAUAAUGGUGAGGCGAUAGGCUUUUCUAAGAUUUUUCCUUUUUUUUUUCUGUAGAGCAUGAUCCCCGGUUUCGGGCCCGAAUUCAUGUCAAAAGGCAACGAGCAAGAGUCCGAGAACCGUCUGAAAAAGAUGAUGACGAUUAUGGAUUCUAUGAGCGAUAAAGGUACCAAUUUUCUUGCACCAAAACUUUGGAAGAGAUUUUAAGAAAAAGAUGAUGAUCAUCUUGAAGUCUCUUGUUUCUUUUUUUAAUCAAGGCUUGAAAUGAUUUUGUGUACUGUUAUUUGAGUUUUUUUUUUUCAUUUUUUUUCUAUAAUUGUUCAAGUUUUUGGCGGAAAAGACGCAUUAUAAGCAGAUAUCAGGAAUGCAUCUCGAUUCCUUCUUUUAAACUAUGGCAAAUAUAGCUAAUCAUAAGCACUUAUCUCAUAAUUAGAAUAAUGAGGAGAUGUAUUUCAUUCGAAAGGUAAAAUAUGCAUUGACAAAUCGAGAAAAAGCGCAAAAAAAUUGAAGUGAAUGAAAAAAAGUGAAACCCGAUUUAUGCAACGCCUCAAUGAGUUUAAAUCUCAUAUUGACCUCAACAUUGACUGGAGGUAAGCUAUGGAAAAUUGUUCGUUUAGGUUUUCUCCAAAAAGUAUCUGUUCAUCUUAUAAAUUUCUUAUCAUAGUAUGUAGUACUGAGAAAUAUUUCAUAAUACUAAAACCUCAGUUAAACAUACCAUUCAAAUUGAUGUUUUUUCAGAACUCGACCACCCAAAAGCUUCGGAUUUGUUGACGAAGGAAAGUGGACGAAUCGCCAGGGUAGCGAGGGGUUCCGGAACGAGUCAGGUGAUUUCAUCACCGAAUUGUUUGGAAACUAUCUUAUAUUUUAAGAACGAAGUUCGCGAGCUACUCACGCAGUACAAAAAGUUCUCAGACGUUGUCAAAAAAAUUGGAUCUAUAAAAGGAUUGUUUAAUGUGCGUAAUACCUUUAUCAUUUUCUUCGUAUUAGAACUUUUUUUGGAAAAAAAUUUUUUCAGGGAAAAAAAUGGCGAUAUCAACCCGAAAAAAAUGUGAAUCCGCAACAAAUGGCCAAGCUCAACCAACAGGUUCAUUUUCUUUUCUAUGGUGUCAUCCUAAUAUUGAUGAUUACUCCGUUGUUACAGAAUAAGCUUGGAAUUUUAUUUCCCAUCGAAAAAAAUUUAUUCAACUGUAGAUGUUUCAAGGCUGAAGCGUUUUUUUCGUUCUUGUCUUCGCCUGUAGGCUUAUUAACGCUAUUUUUACUUAGUCUAUUCUUAAAAGUGUAGUUAUCUCAGUAAUGAGGGUAAAUUUCGUAGUAUCAAUGAUCAUAAAGGAUAAAUUGAUAAAAGGUUUUUUUUUCCAAUCAUCCAUCAAAUAACUUAUUUCAAUGUUUGUAACAAAAGCCUUAGUCAUGGCUUGUAAGCUAAGGACUGAUGGUCUCGACGGGAAUCCGACGAAAUAUAUAUAUACUUCUUAAGUGCCCAUUUCUUCCUUUUUCUUCCUUUUUAAUUUAUUCAAAAUUUUUUUGCGCUAUGGUGAAAUAUCAAUCUCAAGAAAAUCUGAUCUUUCCAGUGAGAAUACUAAGGAGACAUGUUAUUGGAAUCAAAGCGCGACUCGAUUGGCUUAAAGUAUUGUAUGGCUAGGAAUGUUGAAAUACCAAAAUAGAUGAUUUCUUGAGUGAUUAAAAAAAAAGGAAAUAACUUUUGAAAAACUCAUUUAUCCUAUCAUUUCGUUUUUUUAUUAUUAGAAAAAAACACUCAAAGCAAUGUAUUUUAUUUAUUCAUAGAAAGCUUGGAUGAAAGAAGAAACGUAAAAAAGUGAAAAAAGUCGUGAAGUUACCAGAGAAAUAUGAUAAUUUUGCAGAUGGCCAAGAUGAUGGAUCCAAGAGUUUUGGCGCAAAUGGGAGGCAUGGGAGGGUUGCAGAACAUGAUGCAGCAAAUGGCCCGGUCCGGCCGCAUGUAACCCCUUUUUUUUCCUUCUUUUUUUUCACCUUUCACUUUCGCCUGAUUUCUGGUCCAUUUCAAAGUUUGUACGGUCGGAACACAGAUUUUCUACUCUCUUUUCAUACAUUUCGCUGUUUCUUUUUGUGCUAUUGAUAGCGUUGUUCCUGUCAGCUGGGGUUUGUCAUGAUGUAUGUAAAAAAGAAAUUCGUAUCACAUUAUCAAUAAAUAUAUUUAUGUUAUAAAGCCUAAGUUUGUAUGUUUAACCCGUCGAACGUGUCCGAAUAACUGAAAAAAAAAACAUUUAGUUCUUUGAGAUGUUUGUCUUUAGUUCUAUGAUGGUUAGGUGUGAAAAAAGAGUCAUAAAAAGGGAAAAUUGAAUUUUCAAGAUGAGAUCUCGAUCUGGAAAAUCAACACAAGCGAAGGAAGAAGUGGAAGAAGAAGUGGAAAUCGAUGUCAAGACAGAUAUCUCAGAUUGCAAAGUGUUUGAGAGAAAGUUUGUCGUCUCCAGUGAGGGUCAGCUCUUUCAUGAGGCUUUCUGAUAUUUGAACUCGAAGUUUCAGCUCCGGAAAGUUGCCAACUCUUCAAGUUGAGGCAUCCGAAGGGCGGAAUAGCCCUCUUCCAUUUGAGCGCAGAUGCUUCGCACGAGGUUCCCUUCUACUUUAUAAAUAAAAAAAGAUCAUUUUUUUGACAUACAGAAAAAAAGGACUGGACAGAGAUAAAACAAAGUUUGCACAUGUGAAUCGUAAUUUCUACUUCGUAUUUCUCCUUUGAGAGUUAUUGGAAUUAGAUUUCGAUUUCCUGUUUUUAAAUCUAAUGAAAAUUCAACAAAUUCAGCAAAGUCCAAACGACCUCAAAAAUUUCUUUAAAAAAAGAGUCAGCUUUUUUUGAGUUCCAAAAAAAGUGUCAAAAGUUUCUCGAAUUUUCUUUUUUUUUUACUUUUUUUCCGCCUCCUUUUCUUAACUCCUCAAAAGGUCCUUUCCAGAAAAAAAAAAGUAUAGAAUGAAAGGCGCCUUCGAGGCCUUUUAUAGACCUUUUUUCCAAAAGCCCAUUUGGACUUUGCCCGUGUGAACCGGUCCAAAAGACUCCCAAUUCAAACAAUUAAGGAAAACGGAUCAAAUACUUGUUAGCAUAGUCUUUGGGUUUGAGAACAGUCUCGCACCUUCGUGGCAUCGACUCGAUAAGUGUGUUUAACACGCUCAUUGGGAUCUUCUUCCAAACUUCUUCGAAUUUUGAGGUCAAAACAAUCGUUUUGAAAACAAACUUCUUCGAAAUGUCAGGUCGAAAAAAUCUUUUUUAACAAAUUUAUGAACAAAAACCCAAAAAAAAAAAUCCAUUUUCGCUACUGCAACGCAUUCAUCUCAAGCUUGGAACUCAGCGAAGUUAUAGGAAGUUCUGAGAUUUUUUCAUGAAGAACUGUUUUUGAGUUAUAAGUAGCCUCAAAAAGUUGUCGUGAACAAAAGGCGAUUAAUCUCUAUUUUGCUCGAGUUGUUUUUUGAAAGCUGUUUGGCAAUAUAUUUCUUGCUAGAGAAUAGAGUUUAUAUAUCGAAGUGAGGUCCAUCUCUUGCAGAUCUUACUUUCGGGAGAUGAGCACCGGUCUUGGUUUUAUGGCGAUUCCGUGGUGAGAGACGGUCAUGUCAGAAUAUUCUCUCCCUUUCACCCGCUAUUUCUCGCUCUUCCCUAUCUUCACAAGACCAAGGUUAUUCCAAUAGAUGAUUGACAUGUUAAUCUUUCUUAGGACCGAUUUCUUGAAAAGGAAGAAAUAUUCGCCGACGAUUCUUUCCCGGCCAUUAAGCGGCUACUCAGCAACCGACAGUUCUUGGCAACGAUUCAAAAUGUUGCCCAAGUGCGAGGUUUUGAUAAUUUUUUUGGAAAAAAGAACCACACUAAAACGAAUUCCACUCCGUGAUCCGGAUUUUUCUGAGAACUCGUUUGAAAAAUAUUUCGAAAGUGCAAAUUUUAUGUACUAGAAUCCCCGGAAUUCCUCAAACUCCAUCUUUUUCGAGAACCGAUGACUCGAAAUUCUUUUUGGCUAUUGCGCAAAAAUAUAUUUUUAUGAUUAGAGUUUUUCUAAAGUUAGCGAAUUUCACAUGUCAAAAUAAAUGUUCUUCGGAAACAAAAAACUCGUUCUGAUCCUCGAUAUUCUCUAGAGGUUUGCGACACUGUGGUCUAUCGCUUCGACCUCGAAAAGUUCCUGGAAUGGAUAGGUAAAAAAUUUGAAGCUUUAAAAGAGAACGUCGUUGCACAGCUGCAUAAAUCUCUGCAAGAAGGUUCGCUUUCCAUCGAUUUCGACUAGGGAAAUUUAAUAAACCUUCAGGCGAUGCUUUGAAUCGUUACGUGUUCGGCAUGCUCAGCGACUUUUUGUAUGCCGAGGUUAGAUCUUUUUCCCCUUAAGUUGUCAUUUCGUUUUAGAUGCUUCCUUUGGUGAAGGAUCACCUGGGCGUGGUCGACGUCGUCGCGCAGGAGUACGUCGACAUGAGCAUGAAGCGGAAGAUUCUCGAUCAAGACGAAGAUGUCACGCCCGUCGCCAAGGUCUCCCCUUUUUUUCUGUAUUCUGCAGUUUUGCGAGAUGAAAAAAACGUCGUUGAAAGAAUUCAGAAAUCAAGAUUAGAAACUAAAUAUGGGAUUAUGGGAUCUGCUUGUUCAAAAAAAUUUUUUUCUAAAUUGAACUCAACCUUAUGUAUAUAAGUAAUAUUUUCAGGGCGAAAGUUUUUUCUAAAGACUUUUAAUAUAUGAGAAUCAUUUUUUUAACUUCGUCAAGAUUUUCUUUUCCAGCUUCUGGCAAGUUGGUCUCUUUGAAUUAUUUUUGUUUUUAUUUUUGGAAGUUCUAUAAUUAUAUCUUAGUGCUAUGAUUCAUCGACGUAUAUCAGAGAAUUUUCUUACCAAAACUCACUAUAAUUUUCACAGUUUUAUUUCAGAAGCCUCGAGAAUCGCGUGUUCUGAAGGAUUUGCAGAAAGCCAGCAAGGGCACUAAGUCAAUAAGUAGCUUCUUCGCGAAAAAAUGA